GUGAUUUUUCAAACUUUUCUCUAAGUCCAAACUGACUUAUCAGAGAAUGUCGGAUUCUGGUAACAGAGAGGGUCGAGUUCUGAUGGCAGAACUGGCCUUGGCAGCGGAUUAAGUUCUGUCCGGGUAGCCUAAAAAAUACAAAGGCAAAUGCCUUUCUGAUAACUCUGAAAACAAGAUCUGCUGAACACAGAUUCCAAGUUUUAGAGUCAAUCAGUUUAGUCCUAAGUGCAGAAAUUAAAGUGCAGUAAAGUAAAUGACACCGGGGUUUUUAUAGUGGUUCAAGGAACAACGCGUUCCUCUAGUCCACUGUUUCACUAAGUUGUAAAGCGUCAAUUACAAAGCCUUAGUUCCCUAGCACUUAAGAAGCUCUCCACGUCUUCUUCAAGCCUAGUUGCCACCCAGGAUGCAGUUCCACGUCCUGAUGGCUGGUCCUUUCACUCAGCUUCCCGGAAGUAUCACCACUUCACUACUGCAGUUACUUGGACGCCUUUCUUUGCAGAAGAUGUUCUGAAAAAUAAUGUUUUCUCCAACUUGCUUCGUUGCAACAGAUGUGUAGUUGAAGUUCUUGAAGGUUGAAGAACAGGAUGAACUUUGCUCUUGUUGGGGUUGAGAGAUUUUGAGAGUUUGAAUCUUCCCAACGUAAGCAUUUUCUUGUUGAUGUUUAAGGAGUUUGAAUCUCAAGAAUGCUUGUAUAAUGAUGAGAGCAAGAGUUUUUGCAAAGUUAUCCAGUUGUUCUUCAUUGAGUAUCUUUUAUACUGGGGUUGUCUACCCGUUGGAAGAGGAGACAACUGCAUUGAAUGCGCAUACUGUGGAGUUGACCGGUUGGACCCGCAGAUUUGGUAGCUUUCUAUUUUUGUAUAAUAUUCUCCAGGAAUCUCGGUCAAUCAUCUGCAAUAACUCCACAGCGUAUCAGGCUCAUUAAAUGAGCAUUAAAUGCUUUCCUUUCACGUCCAGUCUUUUAGCCGUUAGGGAAUUUCCCGUUAGUUUAACUGACGUUGAAAGCAGCCUUGAAAUUCUUCUAAGUGUUAGUCGGGCUCUGAUCGUGCUCUUCUAAUAGGUUGGGUUCCGAUGGCUUUCUGAUAAGCAGCUCUGAAGAGCAACUCUGAUGCUUCUCACAAGUUGAAUUCUGAUGGGGCUUUUUCAUCGAACUCUGAUGGCUUUCUGAUGUAGACUUCUGAUGAGUCUUCUGAAGAGCAACUCUUAUGACUUCCGAGAGCGACUCCGAAAGCAGUUCUCAUAUAGCAACUCUGAUCAGAUCCACUUAGCAACUCUGAUGUCGAUUAUACUAAUACUUACAACGGAAAAAGUCUAAUACAUAAAAUCUAAUAGGGGUACUCUAACAUUCUAAAUAACCUAGCAUCAUCAAAAUCUAAUUACAUUUAUUCCUUACACAAUCACCAUGGUAUAUCUCACUUUACCACACCACCCCACACCCCCGAACAUAAUGGUAUUGCUGAACGUCGGCAUAGACAUAUUGUUGAUACCGGUCUUACAUUACUCCACUAUUCCGGUCUUCCUAACGUGUAUUGGCCAUAUGCGUUUCAAACAGUAGUAUAUCUUAUUAAUCGUCUUCCUAACUCCGCCCUUAAUUACUCUACACCAUACUCCCGAUUAUAUAAACUCAACCCAAUUAUCAUAAGUUACAACCAUUUGGGUGCUUGUGUUAUCCGUGGCUUCGUCCAUAUUCCUUGUCUAAAAUAAAUGCUCGCUCCCUACCUUGUGUUUUUAUUGGCUAUUCCCUUUCUCAAUCAGCUUAUUUAUGUCUUGACCCAGGCACCAAUCGAGUGUACACCAGUCGCCAUGUACGUUUUAUUCCUGAUAUUUUCCCAUUUCGUAACUCAACCUCUAUGCCCGCGUCCAACCCGUCUCUCACGCCUACAUGCAUGCAGUUGCCUCCUGUGGUCCCCUCUCCCUUAAAUAAUUCCUCCUCACCAUCAACAAACUCCACUAAUCCAAAUAAUACUCAUCCUUAUCCCCUAACGUACCCACCUGUCCAGCCACCUCCUGUUAUUCCCCAAGCCUCAUCUCCUAAUAAUUCUAACCCACCCAUACCACCCUUGUCUCUAUCUACCCACCAACAGCCUCCACAUAUCUCUCCUCCACCUCCACCCACUAAUGAGUGUCCACCUAUUCACCCAACACCCAACUCAACUAUGACACGGACUGACACAACUUCCCCCCAUAACUCCUCGACCCCACCUACAUCACACAACCCACCGAUUUCACAGAAUCCCCCCAACUGACCCACUCGAGUAAGAGUUCCCAAUCCCAAGUACAUAGGUGGACUCUUCCUCAAUCUUACCACAAAACACCCUAUUACUCCAAUCCUGGAACCAACCAGUGUGAAACAGGCAUUGUCUGAUCCAAGGUGGACUGCUGCCAUGAAAGAGGAAAUGCAAGCCCUCCGUCGCAAUCAAACAUGGAGCCUGGUUCCCCCCACUAGUCACACUCCCAUAACGUGUAAAUGGCUAUUCCGUAUUAAGAGAAAUGCGGAUGGCAGCAUCUCCGUUUUAAAGCCCGGCUGGUGGCCCGCGGAUUCUUACAAGAGCCUGGACGUGACUAUUCUGAAACAUUCAGUCCCGUCACCAAACCAGCUACCAUCCGUAUUAUACUGUCUAUUGCACUGGCCCGAAAUUGGUCACUCCGGCAACUUGACGUGAAUAAUGCAUUUUUACACGGGACCCUUACGGAGGAAGUGUAUAUGGCCCAGCCACCUGGAUUUCGGGACCCUCAGUUUCCUACACAUGUCUGUAAGCUCCAUAAGGCAUUGUAUGGCCUCAAACAGGCCCCGCGCGCCUGGUAUAUGGAACUUUGCCGAUUUCUUCUCUCUAAUGGCAUACUCAUCUAUUUUCUUGUCUAUGUUGAUGAUAUUGUUAUUACAGGAAAUAAUUCUACUGCAAUUGAGGCAUUUGUUCGUCAACUUACUCACACAUUCUCAGUUAAAGAUCUUGGCAUACUACAUGACUUUCUUGGGAUAGAAGUGGUUCCCACUCCAAAUGGUAUUUUUUGACACAACGUCAAUACAUCCUCAACAUUCUGGAGACAUGUCACAUGCAUGGUUCCAAGGAGGCAGUCACUCCAAUGUGUACCAAACCAUCACUCACCCUCAUCGAUGGCACACCUCCUGUCGAUGCAACACAGUACAGAUGAACUCUUGGCCUCUUGCAAUAUUUAUCCUUCACCCGGCCAGAUAUUUCUUUUGCUGUUAACCAGCUAUCUCAGUAUAUGCAUGCUCCGACCGAGACUCACUGGCAAGGCGUGAAAAGAAUAUUGCGGUAUCUUAAAGGGACGUUGAAUCAUGGGUUAUUUCUUAAUCGGUCUACACCCUUAACUCUCUCGGUCUUUUCUGAUUCAGACUGGGGUGGGGUGACUGAUGGGGGACUAUCGACUACAGCCUAUGUACUUUAUUUAGGUGGCAAUAUUAUUUCUUGGAAGUCAGCAAAGCAAAAAACCGUAUCCCGAUCAUCUACCGAAGCUGAGUACAAGGCUAUUGCAAAUGCAAGUGCAGAGAUGUUAUGGGUCCGCAGUCUACUCACUGAAUUGGGAAUUUCACUAGUAUCCACACCCCAACUUUUCUGUGAUAAUCAAGGAGCUACCUACGUGUGCAGUAACCCUGUUUUUCAUUCUCGGAUGAAACAUUUUGCAUUGGACUUCUUUUUUGUCCGCGAAUUAGUGGAGCAUGGUCAACUAAUAGUCAAACACAUCUCCACUAAACAUCAAAUUGCUGAUAUUCUCACCAAACCGCUUGGGAAAGCACCAUUUCAGUUGUUCCGGUCCAAGCUAGGAGUCUCCAACGGAUCCUCUAUCUUGCGGGGGCGUAUUGAAUGAUAAUAUUAUUAAUUAAUUAUUCUUUGUAAUUAUCCGAUACGAAUGCAUACAUACUGAUAGGCUUUAUCCCCAUACAUUGGGUGAGUUAGUUACCAGAUCUUAUCACUCAAGUGUGAGCCUAUAUAAAUCCUUGUACGUACAUCAAGUUAUACAGAUCAAUAAUAUACUUUGCAUACACUUCUUCAUAA